UUGAUCGCCCUCGAAACCAUCAUUCCGGACGUUUCUGGAAGCCCACUGGAAUUCUCCAGAAGAACCCUUCAUAUCCCUCGAGAAUCCUCUCUUUUCUAUCUCGAUUCAGCUCUGCGGGUUGAUCUUCAUCUCUCUCGCGUACGAUUAUGGCGGAACAAUUCUACACAGUUGCAUCAGACAGCGAAACAUCUGCUGAUGAUAGGCAGCAACCUUCAUUGCCCGAUAUUGCUAUUGGAAUCGAUAUCGGUACUUCACAGUGCAGUAUUGCUGUAUGGAAUGGCAAACGGGUGGAGCUGCUGAGGAACACCAGAAACCAAAAACUAAUGCGAUCAUAUGUCACGUUCAAAAAUGAGGUUCCGUCGGGAGGGGCAAGCCAAAAUCUGUCUCAUGAUGAGCAAGAAAUUCUGUCAGGAAGUGCAGUCUUUAAUUUAAAACGUUUGAUUGGGAGAGUUGAUACAGAUCCUGUGGUUCAUGCAAGCAAAACCCUCCCUUUCCUCAUUCAGACCUUAGACAUUGGUGACAGACCUUUUAUUGCUGCAUUGGUGAACAAUGUGUGGAGAUCUACCACACCAGAGGAAGUGCUUGCGAUUUUUUUGGUGGAAUUAAAAAAAGUAUUGGCUGAGGUGCAGCUCAAGCGCCCAAUAAGAAAUGUUGUUCUGACUGUUCCAGUUUCAUUCAAUCGGUUUCAACUCACUAGAAUUGAGAGAGCCUGUGCAAUGGCAGGGUUGCACGUCAUGAGACUCAUGCCUGAACCAACUGCUGUAGCACUUCUAUAUGCUCAGCAGCAGCAGCAAUCUUUACACGAGAACAUGGGAAGUGGCACUGAGAAAGUGGCUCUCAUUUUCAAUAUGGGUGCUGGUUAUUGUGAUGUUGCAGUGACUGCUACAGCUGGAGGAGUGUCACAGAUUAAGGCAUUAUCAGGCAGUACUUUAGGUGGUGAAGAUAUACUCGACAAUGUCUUACGCCAUCUUGUGCCAAAUUUCUACAAUUUAUAUUCAAGUCCCAGUGUGGACAAGAUUAAAUCAAUGGGCUUACUCCGUAUUGCCACCCAAGAUGCAAUUCACAGGCUUUCCUCAGAGAUAAGUGUCUCCAUCAAUGUGGACGCUGGUGAUGGCACAAAGAUAUCUAGAGACUUGGAUCGUUCUGAAUUUGAAGAGGUAAAUCGUUCUGUGUUUGAGAAAUGUGAGAGGUUAGUCUCACAAUGUAUGUUAGAUGCCAAAGUAAUUGCAGAAGAUAUCACAGAUGUCAUACUAGUUGGUGGGUGUUCAAACAUACCAAAGAUUAAAAAUUUGCUGCGGGUAUUAUGCAAGAGAAAAGAAGUCUAUCAGGGCAUUGAUCCACUAGAGGCCAUUGUUUAUGGUGCAGCACUGGAAGGGGCAAUUGCUUGUGGAGUCAAUGAUCCGUCCGGGAGUCUGGACUUACUAACCAUACAGGCAACUCCUCUAAGUCUUGGUAUUCGUGCUGAUGGCAAUGCAUUCGCUAUAAUUAUACAUCGUAACAUAGCCAUCCCUGCAAGGAAGGAGAUGUUGUUCACCACGGCCCAUGAUAAUCAAACAGAAGCCUUGAUCAUGGUGUAUGAAGGCGAAGGAAAGAAGGUUGAAGAGAACCGUAUCCUCGGCUUCUUCAAAAUCGCUGGAAUUCCACCAGCACCAAAAGGUUCUGCUGAAAUUAGUGUUUGCAUGGACAUCGAUGCAUCAAACAGUCUGAGAGUUUUUGCAGGUGUGUUCUCCGCAGGUACCCAGCAACCUCUCUCUCCAUUCAUUGAAGUGAGAAUGCCUACAUUAGAUGGUGGCCAUGAAUGGUGUGAAGCACUCAUUAAGAAGCAUGGAUCUGAACUUGAUUUGGCUACCAUGCCACGGAAAUUGCAGCCAUGAGGUUUUGUGGCUGACCUUGAUUUCUUUGUUUCUUUUUCAUGGUUUUUCUGUAUCGAGUGGAAGUGAUGUUUGUUAGCUUGUUUGUUCAAUCAAUUUCCAUGUUAUUGUUUUCUUUGUGUCAAACAACUUGCAAACUGUUGAAUGUUGGGAGUCAUUUGUAUGUAUAGUGUGAACUGUGAAGAUUACUUCUUUGAUCAGCAGUUAACAAUUUCGGACUUUAGGAA